AUGGUUAGAGAGAAUACAAUUCUUUUGUUUAUUGUGGUAACAGCUGUAGUUAACCCGAUUGUUUCACAACUUAACAACGAAGAACAAACACGUUGUGUAAAAGGACAAAAACUACGGAUCAAAUUUUGUUGUUGGACGACUCAAUGUGAAGAUCAAGGUUUCUUACCAUGCAACACGCACAAUGGGACCGAUGUUUGUGAACAAUGCCCAGAUGGAGAAUAUGUUCGUGGUGUAUACCCGACCAAAGGAUUCGAACGUUCUCCAUGUGUUGAAAUUCCGCGUUGUUUGCAAGAAGAGGUACGAGAUGAUUCUGGUAAAUGUGUCUGUAACCGAGCUGAAGGAUACAUAAGAAAGUUAGAUUACUGUGAACCAACAGAUAUACAAUGUGAUAAACCCGGCAUAGAACUCAGCGAGCAAGGAUUCUGUGAACCCUGCAAAGAAAACUUUUAUAAAAAUGUAUAUAGCAAAGAUCUAUGCAAGCGAAAAACAAAUAUCACUUGCAGUUCCGGGCAGUUUGUCGAUAACGGCAACACUAAGUCAGAUAGGAUUUGUAUUGACGUUACAACAGCUAAACAAUGGACAACAACUGAGAACGCUAUAACCGCAGCUAGCAAUCCUGGAAAUAGCAAUGGGCUUGAUAUUUCAGAUAUUAUUGGUAUUACGGUUGGUUGUAUUCUGCUGGUGAUAAUUGUCAGUUUUGUAAUCUACAUGAUCUUUUGUUACAUGAAAAUACAGAGAAAACAACAAUCAGAAAACAUUGACAAAACGGAAAGAGGAGAAUCUACGCCAUUGAACAAGAACGAUACAACAGAUGAAUCGUUUUCAGGAACCAUCGAAAUCGCAACUACUCAUUUUGAUGGUGGCAAUACUGAACAUGAUCUAGAAGCAAUGGCUGAUCCUGUUGACGAUGAUGAAACAUUUGUGAAGGAACUAGAUGACAACAAUGAUGACAAUCUCUUGUCAAUAGCUGCAGGCGGGUCACCAGAAAAUGGAUUCAACAUAUUGUCUGCGCAACAACCUCAAGACGAACAACCUGACAUGAGACCUAUUGAACAAAGACCAACUGCCAGGGUAGAGGCUCAGGUUCAUGUUGAGGAAUUACCUAAACUGCUUACAGAAAAUCCAGAAAAUGACGACUCAGGGAGAUUUUUACUGAACGGUGAAACCUCAUUAUCUAUGCAGUACCAUAAUGGAAAUGUUAACCAUUGAAGAAAAACUAUCGAACAGCACCUCCUCAUAGAACUAUUGGUGUACGAAGUUGGAGCCUUCCAUCCAAUCAAUAUUAUCCAAACAGUUCAAUAUGCAUUUUUCUUAGUUAGAGAAAAUGCUUAGAUGUAAUAAAAAGCAAGAUAUCAAAAAGGCAAAUUAUAAGAAGGACGCCAACAUAAACUAUACGAACAAAAAUGUAAACAGAACAAAUUGCUGAUAUGUAACUGUCUUUAUGCAUUUCUGAAUAUGGCCAUUUUACACAGAUAUGAUAGUAACAUUGCAAAUCACAACUUUGACAUUUCUUAAUAUAUACAAGACUUAAAAUAUGUUUCAGUUAGACAAAAAUAAAAGUACAUUAUAUAUUAAAAUACUUUCGUAAUAGAUAUAUUUUACCGUUGUUUUAGCAAUGCUACGUUUAAGAUGGUUGAUAAAGGUUGUGGGAAAUAUGUCAUUCAUCUGUACUAUAUUUGAAAUGGCAAUUUUCAUGAAUGCUUUUAAAAAUAGAAAAACAUCAAAUAAACUGGUGAUAUUAGGAACUUUAAAUAUAGAUGUGCUAGCGAAUUUUCAAAGCUUACCAUUUAUUCAAAAGAAGAGCAUACAUAAACUUCGAGUAUUUUAACUCAAUCGUUUUCACACUCUCAACAUCAAUUUUAUUCCUCCAAAUUGUAUGAAACUCUGCUCAAUGAUAAUUUAUGGUUCCUAGGAUUCUGUCCCCUAUUAACUUGAAAAAUCACAAGCUUGAGAGGGGACAUCUAUCUUUUUUUUUUAAUAUAAUUAAUGUAUUUUUGCAUUUAAAAAAUAUUAUUACUAUUUCUUUACUUUUUUUUUACAACAUUGAGAUGAAAAGAACAAGACAGUAUGUUUAUAUCUUUUUCAUUCUUUUAAUUUUUUCAUUAAUUCAGAAUUUCAGACUCAACAGUUUGCAUUGGUAAAGCUCAAAGUUUUUCUUUGUUGAAAUAGUUAUUUGUUUUUAUUGUAAUUAAGAUUAUAUUACAAUGUUGACGGCUGUACACCAUUUUUUUUUUUAUAUUUUUACCUAUUAUAUAUGUUUUUAUUGCUCAAACAUUGUUGAUGUUUUAUAGUAUAAUUUCUAUGCAACUGUAAUGAGUGAGAGAUUAAGCUAGCUAUAAAACCAGGUUAAGGAAAUGUCUGCACUGAGUCAAUAAUAUGGGUUGUUUUAAUUGGUUUGAUGUGUUUGAGCUUUUGAUUUUGCCAUUUUAUUGGACUUACAAUUUAGAAUUUCUUUUUGAAGUUCGGUAUUUUUGUUAUUAUAUUUAAACACUAGUUGCUUUUUGUGAUGUUUUAAGUUCGCUUACAGUAGUUAACUGAUAUCUAAUCAAGAUUAUAUGAGCAUUAUGAUUUGUUACUUUUAUAAAUUAAUUUUUAUUCAUUGUUCUAAUUGUUGAAACUGUGAAUAAGCUUAUUAAACUUUUCAUAUUUUCAUA